AUGUGUGUCAUCUGCUUUGUAAAGGCACUAGUGCACGUUUUCAAGAUCUACUUGACAGCAAACUACACUUACAACUUCCGCAGCUGGCCGGUGGACUUCCGCUGGGAUGACGUGCGUGCCACAAGCACUGGCAGUAGCAGUCACCGUGCGUUGACAUGCGCUGCGGCUGCAGCGGGUGUGUGGCUGCUGCAUGAUGCCGCGCUGGGCGAGGACACACUCACGAGGUCUCCACGUGGAGCUCGGAGCCAAACGCAGUGCCUCCUCCAGCAGAUACGUGAGCUUCCCACGCAGCUCGCCAGCUACGCACUGGCCCAUUCCCUGGGCCGCUGGCUUGUAUACCCUGGCUCUAUGUUCUUGAUGACGCGCGCGCUACUGCCUCUACUACAGCAAGGCCAAGAGCGACUAGUGGAGCGCUACCGUGGGCGGCGUGCCAAGCUGGUGGCCUGCGAUGGCAAUGAGAUUGACACAAUGUUCAUGGAUCGCCGCCAGCAUCCCGGCAGCCAUGGGCGCGGCCUGCGCCUAGUCAUAUGCUGCGAGGGCAAUGCUGGCUUCUAUGAGAUGGGCUGCCUGUCCGCACCUCUGGAGGCUGGCUAUUCAGUGCUAGGAUGGAACCACCCUGGCUUCGGGGGCAGCACAGGUGCACCUUUCCCUCAACACGACGCAAAUGCAAUGGAUGUGGUGGUCAAGUACGCACUGCACCGCCUACACUUCCCGCCAGCACACGUGGUGGUUUAUGGAUGGUCUAUAGGAGGCUUCACGGCCACUUGGGCCACCAUGACUUACCCAGAAUUGGGUGCACUGGUGCUGGAUGCCACCUUUGAUGAUCUUGUGCCACUAGCGCUGAAGGUCAUGCCCCAAAGUUGGAAGGGGCUGGUAGUACGCACUGUACGAGAGCAUUUCAACCUCAAUGUUGCUGAGCAGCUGUGCUGCUACCCAGGCCCAGUACUCUUGCUCAGACGCACACAAGAUGAUGUUGUCAGCACCUCGAACCAUAUACCCACUCUAACAUCCUGCCAAGCGGAGGGCGAUGUGGAGGGUAACCGUGGCAACGAGCUGCUGUUGCGCCUUCUGCAGCACAGAUACCCGUCUGUGAUGGCCCGCGAGGGCCGCAAGGUGGUAACCCGGUGGCUACGUGCCAGCAGCUUGGCUGAAGAAGCUACAUUCUAUGCGCGCUACCGCGUCGAUGAUGAGUGGUGCUUGGCAACGCUGCGUUCUUAUCGUGAGCGCCGCCGGAAGGAGUUGGAUGAUGCGGAGACCUGGGGACCACACGGACCUACCUUCCCCUGGUUUGUGGGCAAAGGCCUGAGCCCCCGGCGGCGCCGGCAGCUGGCACUGUUCCUGGCACGCAGGCACCUCAAGAACCUGGAGGCUACACACUGCAGCCCACUGGAGCCUGAGGACUUCCAGUUGCCCUGGGCACUGUAG